UCUUAAACUACAUAGGUAAUAUAUAGCCUAUAUGCGAGUAACACUCCAAAAAGGCUCACGGUGACGGCGACGGUGACGGUGACGGUGCCGGUGCCCAACUCAUAAGCAAAUUGAAUUCCUUUAGAACCUCUGGAAUCUGGAACCUCUCAUAUGUCAUACGCAAAGCUCGAAUUGCAGAAGCUCAUUCCAGAUAAAAGUCAUGGAAGCCUUGAUGAGUGCACAUAUUGUGAAUGUUCCUGUUUGUCAUGUAAAGCAAUGUAAUCACUCUUUACUCACAGCAGCCACCGGCCCAAGAUCAAUCCAAAAGCUACACCGGAGUGUAUUUGGGAUGAUGAACAACUCCAAAUUGACAAACUCAGUUACUGCUUCAAUCCAGCCACUUGAAGCUUCAACCACAGACCGCUUUGACAACACACUGCCAUCCAAAGAAAUGCUCAACUUGUGGAGAAAUGUAGAUGCUGUUUGCUUUGAUGUUGAUAGCACUGUGUGCGUAGAUGAAGGUAUUGAUGAAUUUGCCGAAUUUUGUGGAGCUGGAAAAGCAGUUGCAGAGUGGACAUCAAGAGCAAUGAAUGGUACAGUUACCUUUCAAGAGGCACUGGCUGCUAGGCUAUCCUUAAUAAACCCAUCUCUUUCCGAACUCCAGGAUUACCUAGAGAAGAGGCCUCCACGACUUUCUCCAGGAAUAGCAGAGCUCGUGAAGAAGCUUAAGGCUAGGAACGUUGAUGUUUAUCUUGUAUCUGGAGGCUUCCGUCAGAUGAUAAAUCCUGUUGCAUCGAUCCUUGAAAUUCCACUCAAAAACAUAUUUGCCAAUCAAUUGCUCUUCGGAGACUCGGGAGAGUUUCUAGGGUUCGAUGAAAAUGAACCUACAUCAAGGAGUGGAGGGAAACCUGUUGCAGUACAACAGAUACGAGAGGCUUUUGGGUACAAAACAUUAGGCAUGAUCGGUGACGGGGCAACGGAUCUUGAGGCUCGUCAACCUGGGGGUGCCGACUUUUUCAUCUGCUAUGCUGGAGUUCAACUUAGAGAUGGUGUUGCUGCGAAAGCUGACUGGCUGGUUUUCAAUUUUAAAGAUCUUAUCAAUUCCCUGGACUAGCUUCGACUUCUUGCAAUCCCAUCAACAUCUUACAUAGAUCAUAGAUGUUGCAACAGUAGCACCCCUUAAACCACAUGUAUUGUAAUCCAACCAUGACGAACCAAUUAUUGCCCUCCGAUUAUUAGGGAAUACUUACUACCCAAGGCCUGGCAUGACCCCUAAGAGAUAAGUAGUUGCAUUCAUGAGCAAGUGGUGCACUUGUUUGUUGUUUCAUGCAAUAUAUGGACAUUCCAUAUUUGUUCCUAUAUUACAGACACAUUUAUGUAUGGUGUUCAAUGGAAUAGAAACACCGUGUUUACGCUCUCGUGUUGUUGGAGUAGAAGGCAAGAAGCCGAUGACAGAUGACUGAUCAGUACUCAGUAGUAUUAGAGUUUGCUUAUGAUGCAAUAUUGUGAUGCUAAGCGAAUAUCUGAGUCUCAGUUCCAAAACAGUGCAUGUUGUCACAAAGCUGAAAAUUUAUUAGACAAGUGAAGCUGGUGGUUUACUUGGAUUUA